AUGGCGUCGAGUUCGGACGAAGGCGAGAUCGUUGAAAAUGACGCUGUGGAUUUGAAGGCAACUUCACUGCCGAAGAAGUUUGAAGGAAACGGUGUUGACCGUCAAGACAGAACCCGAGGUAGAUACUCGGCCUCCAAAUCUCCCGAGCACGACUCCCACCCCAGACACCACACCGCCAGCAACUACAACUCGUCGUCAUCGAGACGCAGCCGGUCGCCGCCGCCCCGCGGAUUCAAGCGCUCCCGCGACGAGCGUGACUACGCCGGUGGAGACAGAGGAGGACGACAGGACACGCGCCGCUUCCGCGUGCAUUACGAGGACGGCCCGCGCGAUGAUUACCGUCGCAGCCGCGUCUCCUAUGAGGACCUGGACCGCCCGCCCUCGCGCGGCUCGAAUCUCGCCUACGACGACCACGAUAGAGACCGGAGCCGUGAAAGGGACAGGGACAGAGACCGAUAUCGGGAGCGAGAGAGGGACCGUGACCGUGAAAGGGACAGGUACCCCGAUAAGAGAGCGCGUAAUCGCACUAGGUCGCCAUACCGCCCUCCCCAGCGCAACGAGCGCGGCCGCGACGAUCGCUACUCAAGAGACAGCGGACGGGAUCGCCUCUCGGACUCGUUCCGCGGCUUGAAGUACGAGGAUCACCGCGACCGAGACACCCGAAACGGUUACUCGACCAACGGAGGCGCUGUAGGGAAGGAUUUCCGUGCUUCCAGAGGAGAUGCUAAACCUGUGAAAGACUCUGCAGACCAAAGCAACGGCAGUGCAGGACCAUCUCAGAAUCAGCCAGCUCCACCAGCCGAGCCCGAGCAAGAUUUCGAGGAACCCAUGGUCGUCGAUGAAGAGGCUGAAAUUGAACGCCGACGUCGACGCCGCGAUGAACUCCUGGCUAAGUCUAGCUCCGCUACGCCGCUCCUUGUGCAUGCUUUGCAUGCCUCAGACAAGUCAGCAGUAUCUACACCAGCGCGCCAAGGCACGCCAGGCGGGGAUGUUGAUACCCCGAUUUCAGAUAUUGGGUCACCAGCACAAGAUGGAAGCUCUCCGGGUACGAUCGACAUCGUGAACGAGACGGAUCUGAUGAACACGCAUGGAGGUGGUAAGGCUACAGAUGAAGAUGGUCCCUCUGCUGCGGACUAUGACCCUACAGUGGACAUGAAGGAAGACGAGAGGCGCGACGAAAGGCGGCAUGGCAAUGUCGGUAUGCACGGCGAAGCGCCCGAGACCCAGCCCGAAGUCCAGCCUGAAGAGCAACCCGAAGAGCCUCCAGCUGAGAAGUCAACUGGUGAUGAGGAAGAUGAUGACUUCGACAUGUUUGCCGAGGACUUUGACGAUGACAAGUACGCCGCUCCCAAGCCCUCAAAGGUCCUCGCGGUCGACGAAACCAAGGCCUCGCCUGCGCUUGGUCAGCCGAACGGCGCCAUCCUCGAAGGCGAUGACAAGGACGGAUACUACAAGCUUCGCAUUGGUGAGAUCCUCAACGGGCGCUACCAGGUCCAGUCGGCCCUCGGAAAGGGCAUGUUCUCCGGUGUCGCUCGCGCAGUGGAUAUCACGAACAAAAAGCUCGUUGCUAUCAAGAUCAUGAGAAACAACGACGCGCUGAGAAAGGGUGGAUUUACCGAAAUCGCCAUUCUCCAGAAGCUCAACGACGCUGAUCCGGACAACCGCAAACAUAUCGUCAAGUUCGAGCGACACUUUGACCACAAGGGUCAUCUGUGUAUGGCUUUUGAGAACCUCAGUCUUAACCUGCGGGAGGUCUUGAAGAAGUUUGGCAACAACGUCGGCAUCAACCUGGUCGCGACUCGAGCAUACGCUCAUCAGAUCUUCAUCGGUCUGGCACACAUGCGGAAGUGCAGCGUUAUCCACGCCGAUCUCAAGCCUGACAACAUUCUGGUCAGUAACCCCGGUCUCAGAGCCAAACAUGAAGACAAUGCUUACCAUUCACAGGUCAACGAAAGUCGUAACGUGUUGAAGAUUUGCGAUCUGGGAACAGGUAUCGACAAAUCCGACGCUGCCACCGCGCACAACGAAAUCACCCCGUACCUCGUCAGUCGCUUCUACAGAGCACCGGAGAUCAUUCUCGGAAUGCCCUACGACUACAGCAUCGACAUGUGGUCCAUCGGCUGCACUCUGUACGAGUUGUACACCGGCAAGAUCCUGUUUGCCGGCGACAGCAACAACCAGAUGCUCAAGGCCAUCAUGGAGAUCCGCGGAAAGAUCACGCCGAAGCUGUACAAGCGAGGACAGCUAGCGCCUAUGCAUUUCGACGAGCAGGGCAACUUCGUGAGCAUGGAAAGAGACAAGGUUCUUGGAAAGACUACCGCCAGGGUCCUGCCCGUCGUUAAACCGACGCGUGACCUGCGCACCCGCCUCUUCGCCGCUUCAGCGGGCAUGAACGACGCCGAGACCAGGGACCUGAACCACUUUGUCGACCUGCUUGAGCACUGUCUUACGCUGAACCCGGAGAAGCGGAUCAAGCCAGCCGACGCGCUGAAGCACCCCUUCUUCACGGCCAGGUCUGCGCCGGCAAAGCGUUAG